GCGUCACUGUAGGGCUCUGGUGAGGUAGCAGUGUAGCUCCUGAUGGCGCAUUAUGCUCAUGUCUGCACCACUGUGUUACUAGUAACACCUAUGUCUUGAUGUACUGUAUGAGCCAAUCACUUCUUUACUAUACACAGGUGAGACGCACGCGGACAGAGCCUGAUGCAGAGAUGGUGUGCCCGGAUGGCAAGGCCUUUGAUACUCCGUCCGUUCUGAUAACGGAUAAAAGGAUACAUACUGAAGAAAGACUUUUUUCUUGCCCCGACUGUGGCAAAAGCUUUGGUCACAGAUCAACCCUCAUCCGGCAUCAGAGUUUUCACUGUAGAACCAAGAAGGGCAAAAUUCCAGCUUCUUCCAGCAGCCCAAUGCUGUCCGUAGAGGUCCAGCGCUCUUAUAAGUGCGGCAUCUGCCAGGAGACUUACCCAAGCCCCAAUGAGCUAAAGAGACACCUAAGAAGCCACACCGGAGAUCAGCGCUACGUGUGCCAGGAGUGUGGCCGCACCUUCACCUGUAACUUCUACCUGGUCCGUCACCAGAGGACACACACCGGGGAGAGACCCUUCAGCUGCCCGCAGUGCGCCAAGAGCUUCAAGUGCAGCUCCGUCCUGUUCCGGCACCAGAGGACCCACUCCAGGGAGCAGCCGUAUAAGUGUGACGUGUGUACCAAGGGCUUCUCUCAGAAGACCAGUCUGAUCAUCCACCUGAGGACGCACACGGGAGAGCGCCCGUUCCGCUGCCAGGUCUGUGGGCGGAGCUUCUGCUCCAGCUCCGCCCUGAUCCGACACGCACAGAGUCACCGACGGGAUGGAUGUAGAGAAGGUGGAGACCAGCUGACGGGAGCAGAUGAGAGCCCUGUAAUGCUGAAGAUCCUGGAUGGUUUGUCAGAAGACACCCUGAGCUGGUCAUUCAGGACAGAGGGCGAGGGCCCAGCCACGACGCAGAAUGUCCCUGAGAUAGGGAUUAACUGCAGAUUUAUAGACAUGUGUUCAGAAAUCGUUCUGCAGAGAGAUGUCUGCUCAGAAGAAGUGGCAGCCAUUGUGGAGCCUGGAGGUGGUGCAGAGCUGCAUGACACAGGACAGGGUGCGGUUACUGGACGUGAAGACUGGACAUCUGAUACACAUGUAGAGCGUCAGGACACAGGACAGGGUGCGGUUACUGAGCAGGAAGACUGGACAUCUGGUACACAUGCAGAGCAUGACACAGGACAGGGUGUGGUUACUGAACGUGAAGACUGGACAUCUGGUACACAUGCAGAGCGUCAGGAGACAGGACAUGGUGCGGUUACUGAGCAGGAAGACUGGACAUCUGGUACACAUGCAGAGCGUCAGGAGACAGGACAUGGUGCGGUUACUGAGCAGGAAGACUGGACAUCUGAUACACAUGCAGAGCGUCAGGAGACAGGACAGGGUGCGGUUACUGAGCAGGAAGACUGGACAUCUGGUACACAUGCAGAGCAUGACACAGGACAGGGUGCGGUUACUGAACGUGAAGACUGGACAUCUGGUACACAUGCAGAGCGUCAGGAGACAGGACAGGGUGCUGUUAAUGAGCAGGAAGACUGGACAUCUGAUACACAUGCAGAGCGUCAGGAGACAGGACAGGGUGCUGUUAAUGAGCAGGAAGACUGGACAUCUGGUACACAUGCAGAGCGUCAGGAGACAGGACAGGGUGCGGUUACUGGACGUGAAGACUGGACAUCUGGUACACAUGCAGAGCGUCAGGAGACAGGACAGGGCGCUGUUACUGAGCAGGAAGACUGGACAUCUGAUACACAUGCAGAGCGUCAGGAGACAGGACAGGGUGCUAUUACUGGACGUGAAGACUGGACAUCUGGUACACAUGCAGAGCGUCAGGAGACAGGACAGGGUGCUAUUACUGAGCAGGAAGACUGGACAUCUGAUACACAUGUAGAGCGUCAGGACACAGGACAGGGUGCGGUUACUGAGCAGGAAGACUGGACAUCUGAUACACAUGCAGAGCGUCAGGAGACAGGACAGGGUGCUGUUAAUGAGCAGGAAGACUGGACAUCUGGUACACAUGCAGAGCGUCAGGACACAGGACAGGGUGCGGUUACUGGACGUGAAGACUGGACAUCUGGUACACAUGCAGAGCGUCAGGAGACGGGACAGGGUGCUGUUACUGAGCAGGAAGACUGGACAUCUGAUACACAUGCAGAGCGUCAGGAGACAGGACAGGGUGCUAUUACUGAGCAGGAAGACUGGACAUCUAAUACACAUGCAGAGCAUCAGGAGACAGGACAGGGCGCUGUUACUAAGCAGGAAGACUGGACAUUGGAGGCACAUGCAGAGCGUCAGGAGACAGUACAGGGUGCCGCCAGUGAGCAGGAAGACUGGACACCCAGUACGCAUGCAGAGCGUCAGGAGACAGGACAGGGCGCUGCCAGUGAGCAGAAAGACUGCACACCUGUUACACAUGCAGUGCGUCAGGAGACAGGGAAUGGUGCCGCCAGUGAGCAGGAAGACUGGACACCUGUUAUGCAUGCAGAGCGUUGGGAGACAGGGCAGGGUGCCGCCAGUGAGCAGGAAGACCGGACACCUGUUACACAUGCAGAGCAUCAGGAGACAGAACAUGGUGCCGCCAGUGAGCAGGAAGAUUGGACAUUGGAGACACAUGCAGAGCGUCAGGAGACAGGACAGGGAGCUGCCAAUGAACGGGAAGACUGGACACCUGUUACGCAUGCAGAGCAUUGGGAGACAGGGCAGGGUGCCGCCAGUGAGCAGGAAGACUGGACAUUGGAGACACAUGCAGAGCGUCAGGAGACAGGGUACGGUGCCGCCAGUGAGCAGGAGGACUGUGGGAGUGAGGAUAAAGUUGCGCCCUCGGAGGGGAACAUUAGCUGUGGUUUUAUAUGUUCUGAAUGUGGUAAGAUGUUCUCGUCUCAGUCUGAUCUCAGGGCCCAUUCUACCACACACACCAGAGACAAGCCUUCCUGCCCAGACUGCGGUAAAACAUUUGGACAUCAAUCAUCUCUUACGCGGCACCAGAACUCACACUGUGGCGUCCGGACUGGAAAACAUACCACUUCCACCAUCAGUGGUCAGAGCUGCAAUAAAUGUGGGAUAUGUCACAUGACCUUCCCUGGCCUGAACGAGCUUAGAAGACAUCUUGGAAGUCACACCGGGGACCAGCGAUACAUGUGCCGCGAAUGUGGUCGCACAUUUAACUGUAACUACUUCUUGGUGCGACACCAGAGGACGCACACGGGCGAGCGGCCCUUCACCUGUCCGCAGUGUAACAAGAGCUUCCGGUGCAUGUCCGUCUUAUGCCGACACCAGAGGACGCACACAGGCGAGCAGCCGUACCGGUGUGAGGUGUGUACACGAUGCUUCUCCCAGAAGACCAGUCUGAUCAUCCACCUGAGAACGCACACCGGAGAGCGACCAUUCUGCUGCCAGGUCUGUGGGCGGAGCUUCUGCUCUAGCUCCGCUCUGGUCCGUCACGAGCAAAGCUGCAGACAUGGCGGGAAUCGGACACCACAGGGAGGCGUGAGGCAAUGUGGUGGCAGAAGGCGGGUGAGGGCAUCUGGCGGCAGCAGCUCGCCCCGGGCUGUGGAGAACACGCGGUGUAUGGAGCAGCAGGUGGAUUCUGACACUUUGCAAGGGAAGCUCGUGGUGGAAAUUCAGUGCGCCAAGGAGCAAUCACUUUAUGCCCAGAGUCUGGAGAACCCGGGUCAGGCGCCACGCCAGGGAAGUCGUGUAAAACCUGAAGAUGAGUCUGAUGAGAAACCUCUGCUGGAUGGCGGUGUAAGAUGCAGGAACGUGGAAGAAGAACACAGAAGGUGGACAUCAGACUGGAAUCCCCGUGGAGACCGGCUAGACUCUAAUAAUGAUGGUGGAAUUAUCUGUCCAGACUGUGGCAAGACGCUCCGAUCUCCAGCCUCGUUCGCGGCGCAUGAGAAGACCCACUCGGGAGACAGGCGGUUCACCUGCUCCCAGUGUGGUAAAGUCUUUGGUCACCGGUCCACACUCACCAGACACCAGAGUUCUCACUGCCGUAACAUGGUGCGGAAACCGCUCCCCUCCAGCAGUGGUCUCGCUGGGGCCACCUCCGGACGCUCUCAUAGGUGCGGCGUCUGUAACCAGAACUUUCUGGACACCAGUGAGCUGAGGAGUCAUUUGGCGAAGCACAAGGGAGAGCACAGCUACGCCUGCCAGGACUGCGGCCGUCACUUUACCUGCAACUACUUUCUAGUUAGGCACCAAAGGACGCACACGGGCGAGCAGCCCUACAGAUGCCAGCUCUGCCUCAGGGGCUUCUCUCAGAAGACAAGUUUGGUGAUCCACGCCAGGACGCAUAGCGGGGAGCGCCCGUUCAUCUGCUCAGUCUGUACUAGAGGGUUUUGUUCUCGCUCGGCCCUGGUGCGGCACCAGCGCAGUCACGGGGACAGGAGAGGCAGGAGAGGUCAGCGAAGAGGGAAGCCCAGAAAUCCGGCCGGGAGGAAUUGUGGAAAGGUUCAAAAACUCACUUUGGACAAAUUGAGCCGUGACGUUUCUGUAGACGCCGCUGCAAGUCUGUUGUCUGCUGAAGAUGCCGACACACCAGAGAAAGAUCCUGCGAUAGACACUAAACCGGAAACACGUAUACUGAAAGCACUGAAUACAGACCGGAGUAGUAAAUGUCCAGAUUGCUGGAGGAGCUUUAAAUCCUGCGCUCGCUUAACGGCACAUCGGAGAACGCACACCGAGGAGCGUUCAGCAGUCUCACAGCACAGAAAUCUGCAUUGCAAUAUCCGAACAGGCCAGAUCCCCAGCAUCCCUUCCCCGAAUAGUGCUCAGUGCUUUUACAAAUGCGGCAUCUGCCAGGAGACUUACCCAAGCCCCAAUGAGCUAAAGAGACACCUAAGAAGCCACACCGGAGAUCAGCGCUACGUGUGCCAGGAGUGUGGCAGCACCUUCACCUGUAACUUCUACCUGGUCCGUCACCAGAGGACACACACCGGGGAGAGACCCUUCAGCUGCCCGCAGUGCGGCAAGAGCUUCAAGUGCAGCUCCGUCCUGUACCGGCACCAGAGGACCCACUCCAGGGAGCAGCCGUAUAAGUGUGACGUGUGUACCAAGGGCUUCUCUCAAAAGACCAGUCUGAUCAUCCACCUGAGGACGCACACGGGAGAGCGCCCGUUCCGCUGCCAGGUCUGUGAGCGGAGCUUCUGCUCCAGCUCCGCCCUGAUCCGACACGUGCAGACUCACAAAUGUGAUAGGCAAGGGAAAAGGUCGACAAAGAAGAACCCACAACAGACCCGUCCCAUCAAACAGGAACCCGCCGGCACGGAGCAUCAGGAGACUGCGGGGGGCACGCCAGAGCUGGGUCAGCACCCUCGGAUGCCUGUGACUGAGCCAGGUCUGAGAAAUCGCUGCGAGAAUGGGGAUAUCCAGCCGGAGACCGUGACUGACCCGGCAGGGACGGAGGACACUGUGAAAGUUGUGUUGGUGGACAGUAGUGAGGGAACGGCUUUUAUCUGUCCUGACUGUGGCAAGUGCUUCCGUUCCCAGCCUCUGCUCACUGCACAUCGGAACGUUCACGCGGCCGGUCGCUGUCUCAUCUGCUCUGACUGCGGGAAGAGUUUCAGUCACCGAUCUUCUCUGCUACGACACAGGAGCUCCUACUGCAGCCGGCAGCCACGGAACAUCUCCCCCAAACCCGGUGCUCCCGCCCUCCCCAUACAACACUUGUACAAAUGUGGCAUUUGUCAUGUCAAUUUCUCACGUUCUAACGAGCUGAGGAAGCACCUGACGAGCCACAAAGGAAACCAGUGCUACAUGUGCCACGAAUGUGGCCGCACCUUCAGCUGUAACUAUUUCCUAGUCCGUCACCAGAGGACACACACCGGGGAGAGACCCUUCAGCUGCCCGCAGUGCGGCAAGAGCUUCAAGUGCAGCUCCGUCCUGUACCGGCACCAGAGGACCCACUCCAGGGAGCAGCCGUAUAAGUGUGACGUGUGUACCAAGGGCUUCUCUCAAAAGACCAGUCUGAUCAUCCACCUGAGGACGCACACGGGAGAGCGCCCGUUCCGCUGCCAGGUCUGUGAGCGGAGCUUCUGCUCCAGCUCCGCCCUGAUCCGACACGUGCAGAGUCACAGUAAUGUCUCUGAGUCCUAAGUGCUGGGAUUGGAUGGGGAACUGAUGUCUUUGCACCCCUGGUACCUAUACACACACUGUAAUGCAAUAAGUAGUUUGAUUGUUUUAGAUCUAACUGCAGCAUGUCGACCCAAAACCACCAGAAAUCUAAUUUGUCCAGAACGUCGAUCGGAGUGUGCGGCUGCGGAGAGACCCGGUGGCGGCAGCUGUAGUCAGAAUGCUCUUGGCACAUUUGUAGUUUGGUUUAUUCUCUGAUUUGUGAAACAUGUUAUUCCUCAUAAAUGACCUGACGACUAUAA